UGUUUGUUUUCUCUUGCAGUUAAAAUCCUGCUCUUCUAUGUCAUCUUCUACGGUUGCCUGGCAGGUAUAUUCAUUGGGACCAUCCAAGUAAUGUUGCUCACCGUCAGUGAAUUUGAACCCAAAUACCAGGAUCGAGUGGCACCUCCAGGACUGACUCAAAUCCCCCAGGUACAGAAGACAGAAAUUUCCUUUACUGCCUCCGAUCCCAAAAGUUUUGAGCCCUAUGUGAAGAACCUUGAGAAGUUCUUAAGGGACUACAGCGCUGAUCAACAAACUGAAAACAUAGUAUUUCAGGACUGUGGGGACUCACCUAACGAUUACAAAGAGAGAGGACCAUAUAAUGAUGCCCAGGGCCAGAAGAAGGUCUGCAAAUUCAAACGUGAGUGGCUGGAAAACUGCUCUGGAAUAAACGAUCCCACCUUUGGGUACAGGGAUGGCAAACCAUGCAUCCUCGUCAAGCUCAACAGAAUUAUCGGCUUCAAACCGAAGGCUCCGGUAAAUGAGAGCCUCCCUCCAGAGAUUAUGGCAAAAUACAGCCCCUAUCUCAUCCCUGUCUACUGCGCUGCCAAGAGAGAGGACGAUGCAGACAAAAUAGGCACAGUGGAGUACUAUGGGAUGGGUGGCUACCCCGGCUUCGGCCUGCAGUACUACCCCUACUACGGCAAGCUCCUGCAGCCGCGGUACCUGCAGCCGCUGGUGGCGGUGCAGUUCACCAACCUGACCUACGACAUGGAGGUGCGCGUGGAGUGCCGGGCCUACGGGCAGAACAUCCAGUACAGCGACAAAGACCGCUUCCAGGGACGCUUUGAUAUUAAAUUUGACAUAAAAAGCAGCUGAUUGUAAGCACAACUCUCUUCCCCCCUUCCCCUCCCUCCUCCUCCUAGCCAUUUAAAAAGGUUAAAAAAAAAAAAACAAAAACAAAACAA